AUGCCGCAGGGGGAGUGGGAGGGGGAGCACUGGUGGUACCACGACGAGAUCACGAACGGGUUUCACAUGGCGGUCACCAUCGGAGGGGAUACGUACGGCUUCUGGGACCUCGGCAUCAUCGGCGCCGCGGGCAACACGGAGUACGUGGCGGCGUACAAGGGGGACAGGUGCCUGUUCUACGAGGAGAAGGUGCAGCCCGGAUCGACGCCGUUUGACGAGGACGUCACCUGCCGGGGGUCGGCGUGGGCCGGCAACGUGACCCUCAAGGAACAAGUCGAGUUCGGGUACGGUACGAAGGCCGAGCGUUGGGCGGGGACCAUCGUCGACGAUGAGGACACCGGGUACGGGGGGCUGCCGCCAGGAACAGAGUCACUGGUGGAUCUACAGCGCAACCCGGACGACCAGAGCGAAGUUCGGCUCUUGUACCACCGCGUCGUGGCGCCGACGAACGGCGUGCUUGGGUGGGCAAGCGGCGAUUCCCUCUCGUUCGACUUGGUGUUCACGAACCUGGACAUGAUGGCCGCCAACGACGUGCUGGACUUGGUCAAAGUGCCGAGCAUCUGCGAGGUCAUGGCAGGGGAGUUCCACGACCAGCAGGCCCGCGGUAACGCGGGCGGGGCGGUGGGCAGAGGAGGAGGCAGGGAACGAAGCAGGAGAGCGCUGCUCCCGUCGCCAGAAGAGACGACGAGAAGUCGGACACCGGCGUCAACAAGCUCGCUCUAUCUUCCUUCCCGUGGAAACGAGCACACCGAGACGGGAAGGGAGGAGUCCUGGCCGCCGUCCCCCCGAGCUGCGGUUGCAGAAGAAGAAGAGCGUUCCGAGAAGAUGCACCACCCCUCCGUGCCGCUCCGAACGCCGGCCGGGAGAAGGCGCGAGGAGGAGAACAGAAUAGUAGCAAAUGGUGACAUCGCUGACGGAAGGCGAGGAGGUAUCGGCGCCGUGGGCAUCGGGAGCGAGGGCUACCGCAACCCCGGCGACGUCGGCGGCGGCGGCGGCAGCCGGGGGGGGUUGAGGGGGCUGCUGGCAGCUGUGGAGCAGCAAAAGGAGCAGCAAAAGGAGGAGGAGGAGGAGGAGGAGGAGGAGGAGGAGGAGGAGGAGGGGCGAGAGGCAGAAGAAGGCAGAGGAAGAAGUUUUGUCAGCGGCGAUGACGGUGGUGAUGAUGCUUGGUUGACGUCCCCGGGUGAUGUCCCCGCGGGCGAGAGCGAUGCCUCUGGCGAAAGAAGGGGCAGGGGAGGGGAAGGACGCCCAGAGUCGGAGGAGGCGGCGACCGCGGGGUUGCUCCCUAUCCACCUGCUGCUUAGGAGCCUCGGGCGUCAGGGCUACCGGCGGCGGGGUUGAUGGCGACGGCCAUUGAUCGCUGAUCCGUCGAUCGUAUGCUGCUUGAAUUGUCACUCGACUCUGAAUAGGUUGGUAGGCAGGUUGGAGGCUGAAUUUUGACCGUUCUUCCUGGAGGGCCAGACCCAACAGACUCGUAAGCCGACCUCUUUUUUCUUGUCGUGGUGGUGGGUUUGACUGAUUGGACGGCAGCUUCGGUGCAUCGGAUGGGUUCCCUUCCCCUUCCUCAGCAGCCUUCGCAGGCUUCUUGUAUUCAGCAAGCAUGUUAGAUAAAGCAUGCAAUCAAUCGGAGAAGUUGGGUUAUGGUUGGAGUUAGGGAAUAUAGGGUCUGCGUACCCCCUCCCUGUUCUGUUUCCUCGUGAACUUAAUCAAUCGCGCGAAGGCGGUCUUCCUUCCUCCGCGGUAGCCUUGAGAGAGGGCUGCGUACACGCAUAUGCUACGUCCGGCACGUGC